AUCCAUGUCGUCAUUUCCGCCAUUGAGCGCGAUGGUUCGCUUGGUUUGCUGCCUUGAGUCGCCCGUUUAAAAGAUCAGGUCGUUACAGCAGUUAUAAAGUACUUAGCUACUCUCUCUUGGAAUUACCCGCCAACACUAUGACAAGACGUCUUGAAGAAGAAGUUCAUGUUUUUAAAAUGCCAAAAGACUUGUAGCUUAUACCAGGUGAAUGCAGAGACGUUUGGACGGACCCGAGGAGUGGAAGACAGCGCCUCAAAAUGGCAACCCCCUAUGUUACAGAUGAAUCUGAAUCAGAAUCAGACACUCUUUAUUAAUCCCCGAGGGGAAAUUAAAAUUUUCAACACAAUCCCAUUCAAGAUCAGACAAACAUUACAGGGAGACAGAACAGGAUCGCUGACAGGUCUGCCAACUUCCGGCGCCCCUUACAAAAAAGGAAAAUACAUUGCCGCCACUCAGCGACCGGACGGUUCGUGGAGAAAACCACGGCGGGUAAAGGACGGUUACGUCCCCCAGGAGGAGGUCCCAGUGUAUGAAAACAAAUAUGUGAAGUUCUUUAAGAACAAACCAGGCCUUCCGCCAGGCAUGAGCUCAUCUGACGCUGAAACACCAAAACAAGAUUCAAAAAUCCCGGGAUGUGCGGACAGCGACACAGCCAGUCUCUCCAAGUCGGCCAAACGCAGCAUGAAACGCAAAGAAAAACGAAAGCAGCAGCAAAAGCAGGAGCCGGAGGAGAACGAGGACGUGUCGUUGCUCACAGAUGCUGUCGAGAACGCCACCAUCUCAGCGUGCAGCGAGCCUUCCCCCGAAGCCAACAGGCCAGUUGUGGCUGCUUGUGAAGUGUCGUCAGACCAUUCCGACGCAGCAGAAAAAGUCAAGAAGAUUAAAAAUGUGAAAAAGAAGCUGAGGCAAGUGGAGGAGCUGCAGCAGAAAGUAGACUCAGGGGAGAUAAAAGAGCCAACGUUGGAUCAGCUGGAAAAGUUAGCCAGGGCGAAGGCUUUACGAGACGAGUUAGAGCAGCUGGAGCACGACUCAUGAAGCACUGAAUGGACACUUGGACUAAACUCGGUCAACUUCAUACUGACACAAAGGAAACUGAGCAGCUAUGAUUCCAGCCUCCAUUUAAACGUUUCCUACCUAUGUGGACUUCAUGAUGAACAUCAAGUCGGACCAUCGUGGAUUGUUAACAUUUUAGACUCGAUGCUCAUUUCUGAACAUCUUUUUUUAAAAAACACUUUUGUUUUAUUUGUCCAUUUUUUACCUUUUUCAAGAACAUGUUUGUGUUCACAAGGAAAUGUAGUUGUUGAUUUGUGUGCUUUUAGAAUGAUGACAGCCAAGGCAUCAUUUCCACCAUGAAUAAAACUACAAGCUGCAACAAAA